UAAAUUAAUAAAUUGUAUUGCAUUUUUAAAUUUAAAUAUUAAUAUUUAAUACAAAUUUAAUUUAAUUAUUUUAGCUUUAUAUCUUGAUGCACGGUAUCAAUGCAUUCUUAGUGCUGAUAGUAAAAUAAAAGCCAUUAAACACUUAUGCAAAGUAUGGGAGGCACAAGAAUUUUUAGAAAAUAGUCAUUGUGUCCAAGAUCAAUUAUUAUCAAAUAAUUCACCUACGAAUAAUGCAAUAAACAGUGAUAUUGAUGAUGAUUUAGAAAAAUUAAUUCAAACAAAAUCACUAACUUCAAGUGAAGAAUCUAGUACCUUCUGUCAAGAGAUUCAACAGUGUGGAACUGGAGAGGUGCAGAAAUAUAUUGUGUUAGAGUCAUUUGGUUCAACUCCUCGUCUACAUCAUAAAACAGACAUCUUUCAAUGGUGGAUCUCUCAAAAAGCAUCUAGGCCUGAACUUUAUAAAUUAGCAGUAACAGUUUUAGCAAUCCCAUCUACCCAAGUUAGUGUUGAGAGAUCAUUUUCUGGCUUAAAAUAUAUAUUAAGCGAUUUAAGAACUAGCCUAGAUGAAACGAUAUUAGAAGAUAUAAUGGUUAUCCGUGGGAACAACUAAAAAACUUUAUAGCACUACUGAAGAUGAAAUAGAAACUCCAGAAAAUGACUCACUCAUAUAUUCAACGGAUAUUUUUGAAAUUUUAAGUGAAGGGGAAGAAAGAAAUUUUAGGCUGCCUAAACAACUGCGCUGUGCUUCACAUACAUUCAAUUUGCUGGCUACUAAUGAUGUGAAUAAAUUACAAAUUAAAGAUGGACCAUAUAAAACAUUAAGUAGAGGGGCUUUUGGAAAGUGUAAUACACUUUUCAAUAAACAAAAUAUGAGUACAUUAGUGGCAGAUAAAAUUAAAAAUCAUCUAGGUCGAUAUUUAAUCACGCCAAAUGAUACACGUUGGAAUGCUUUAUAUGACUCUUUGAGUUUUAUUGUGAGCCACUUUGAUGAAGUAGAGAAUAUUUGUACUGAUAUUCAGUUGCCUUGCCUAAGUAAACCACAAAAAACAGAUUUUUUGAACGAAUAUUGCAAAGUUAUGAAACCUAUUGCAAAAGCUUUAGAUAUACUGCAAGGAGAAACAUAUAUUUCUAUUGGUUAUCUUCUCCCUACAUUAACAGCUGUAAAAAAAUCAUUAAAUCAACUUUUAUUGCAUGGAAACCUAAAAUAUUGCAAGCCAUUAGUUGAAGUGCUGAUCAGUGGAUUAAAAAAACGGUUUGAUACAAAUUUUGAAUCUUCAGACAUGAAAUUAGCUGCUACUUUAGAACCAAAGUUUAAGUGGAAUUGGGCUGAAGUAGAAAUGGUCAAUGAGUUGAAAGAAUGUUUAAAAGCAAGAUUGUCUGAGCUAAUUGCAGAAAAUACUGAAUGUAUUAUGAAUGAUAAAACCAAUGAAGUCACAUAUGAUGAUUUUUUACAUUUCGAUGCUAUAGAAAAUCCAGAAACAGAUAAACUUCAAAAUUUAUAUAAUGAAUAUUCAAACUCUUCUCCUAAACUACCAUUAAAAUCAUUUUCUGAAGAAAUACAAAAAUUAUAUAUUAAGUAUAAUACAAGUAUUCCCUCUAGUGCUCACGUCGAGAGACUUUUUAGUGCAGGAGGCCAAUUGUUCGAUGAAAGGCAUGGGUCUAUGUCCGAUGAAAAUUUUGAAAUGUCACUUCUGUUAAAAUUUAACAAAUAUUUUGAAUAAAAUAUACUAGCAUAUAUGAUGUAGUCAUUUAAAUUAUAUUAUGUAUUAUUAUUAAAUAUUAAUAUAAAAUA